AUGUCUACCCCCCUUCACGAGCAGGAACUCAAAGACAACACUAUCGUCGUCGUAUUCGGCGCAUCUGGCGACUUGGCCAAGAAGAAGACGUUCCCCGCUCUCUUCGGCCUUUAUCGCGACGAUUUUUUGCCGAGAGAUGUCAAGAUCGUCGGCUAUGCGCGGACAAAGAUGGACGAUGCCGAGUUCCACAAGCGCACGACCCAGUACAUCAAGAACCCGGACAACGACGAGACGAUAGCGGCCAAGAUCGAGGAGUUCAAGAAGCUGAGCUCCUAUGUCGCGGGCGGUUACGAGGAUAAAGAGUCGUUUGAUAAUUUGGAGAAGCACCUCGCCGAGAUCGAAUCGAAGUACCCUAGCGGCAGCCAAAGGAACCGCGUCUUCUACCUCGCUCUUCCGCCUUCUGUCUUCAUUCCUGUGGCUGCCAAUGUCAAGGCUGCCAACUACUCGAAGGACUCUGUCAACCGUAUCAUCGUUGAGAAGCCUUUCGGCAAGGAUCUUGACUCAUCCCGCGAACUCCUAGGCGCCCUAAAGCAGCACUGGUCAGAGCCUGAGACGUUCCGUAUCGACCACUACCUGGGCAAAGAGAUGGUUAAGAACAUACUUGUUCUCCGCUUUGCCAACAUCGCCAUCUCAGCCCCCUGGGAUAAGAACUCCAUCUCGAAUGUUCAGAUCACGUUCAAAGAGCCAUUCGGUACUGAGGGACGUGGCGGCUACUUUGACGAGUUCGGCAUCAUCCGUGAUAUCCUACAGAACCACUUGCUGCAAGUUCUCUCGGUCAUCGCGAUGGAACGCCCUGUUUCCUUCAGUUCUGAAGACAUCCGCGACGAGAAGGUCAAGGUUCUUCGCGCGAUCCCGCCGAUCGAGCCGAGUGACACGUUGCUAGGCCAGUAUGUGUCCGCCAACGGCAAGCCUGGGUACCUCGACGAUGAUACAGUUCCCCACAAUUCAACUUGCCCGACCUUUGCUGCGACUACGCUAUGGAUCAAUAAUCCUCGUUGGGAGGGUGUCCCAUUCAUCCUCAAGGCUGGCAAAGCUUUGAAUGAGGCGAAGGUCGAAGUGCGCAUCCAGUUCAAGGAUGUGACACAGGGUAUCUUCAAGGAUAUCUCUCGUAACGAACUUGUCAUUCGCAUCCAGCCCUCCGAAGCUAUCUAUAUGAAGCUCAAUACGAAGACGCCCGGCCUGUACACGCGCGCGCUGCCCACAGAGAUGGAUCUCACCUACAAGCGCCGUUUCGCCGACGCGAAGAUUCCCGAAGCGUAUGAGAGCCUCAUUCUGGAUGCCAUCAAGGGCGACCACUCCAACUUCGUGCGAGACGACGAGCUUGACGUUGCGUGGAAGAUCUUUACGCCAAUUCUUCAUUGGAUUGAGGGCCGCUCUGGACCGCGUCCGCAGCCGCUCAAGUACCCGUACGGUAGUCGGGGCCCCAAAGAGCUCGAAGCGUUCAUCAAGAAGUACGGCUUCAAGCGCUCGACGGACACAUACUCCUGGCCGGUGACGAGCGUCUCGAACUUGUAG